AUGGCGUUCAAAAUCUUCAACGACCCCAUCGAGGGUGCACUUUUCGUGCUAAUCCUCGUCUGCACGCCUAUCGUCGUUUUGGUCACAACGCUGCGUGUCGUCACUUCCUUGAAGAAUCAUAGGACCCUUAGCACAGAAGACUACUUGGCCGUGCUCGCGUCGCUGAUAAACCUGGCGUACAACGCCUUGGAGAUGUGGACAAUAACGGUUAUGAACGGCGUGCCAGUCUUGUCCAUCACAAAGUUGCCGUAUCCAACUCUUGUGAAGAUCCUGAAGGUGGGUUACUUCAUAGACUUCAUGUUCCCGUUGAACCAGACCUUCAGCAAAUUGAGCUUGCUCUUGCUCUAUUAUCGCAUCUUCUCCAUAAAUAAGACUUUCUCAACUAUGGUAUUUGUUGUUGCCGCUAUCCAAACAUGUUGGGGGAUUUCAAUGUUCUUCGCUCGAGUAUUUGCCUGCACGCCAAUCUAUCACUUUUGGGAUCGCCUGGCACCCGGUACUUGCAUCAGUGGCAACGGCCUCCUUGUUGGACCAGAAAUUGUCAACUCGCUUCUCGACUUUGUCAUGGUUGGCAUGGCCAUUUGGAUAGUCCAGAAGCUCAACAUGUCAACCAAAUACAAGCGGAAACUGAGCAUCUUAUUUGCCCUCGGUUGCAUAACAGGCAUCAUCGGCUUUGUCAAGAUUGGCGUCGCUUACGAUUCGAUAGGCAACAACGGCAUUGACGCCGUUUGGGAUGUCCUCCAGAUGUGCGCCAGUAACAUUUGUUGCUGUAUCCCUAUAUACAAGGUGCUCCUCCCUAAGACGAACGUUCUCAAGUCUUUGGGAUCGAAGCUCUUUAGCAAGAGCAGCUGGAAAUCGUCGACUAGCAGCAAUAUGGGCAAUAGCAGCCACGUUCAACAGCAGUGGGUGCACCUGGAUGAAUCCAGCAUGCAUGAGCUUGCCGGUGUGCGAGGUUCAAACUUCUAG